CUCGGUCCAUUCAGUGCAUUCAUCGGAUUCAGCAACAACUGCAGAAGGGGGGGAAGAGCUGGCAGGUACAUUGUUGUCUAACCUUAACCAGGCCAUGGCAGGAUCAGACAUGACAGUGUGCUGAAAUUAAUGACCACCAUCUCGCUGUUUGUCCAGUAACUGCAUGGUAAAAGUCAACUUCGAAGCCACCGACAUUGUAAGCGGCUUGUUCUUUUAUCUGUUUUCCCGCUUUUGCUGGGCAGGUCUCUAACAGGCAGGUGGACAUUAGGUCGUAAACCACCAACCCAGUCUGGCGAUGGACAUUUACGGGGUUUUGGGCUGCUCUCUGGGUGCUGCCCUUGGAGGUUUGAUCCUUGUGUGUUAUAAACUGGGAUUACUUUACCAGCUAUUUCAUAAGAGAGACAGAGCCCUCGACAUGGAGGAGAGAGUGUGGCGGAGGUUUUGCGGACUCAUGGGGUCAAAUUCGUCUUCACGUUGGUGGGAGGACACAUCUCGCCCAUCCUGGUGGCCUGUGAGAAAAUGGGAAUCCGUAUCGUCGACACCCGCCAUGAGGCCACAGCUGUGUUUGCUGCCGAUGCCGUAGCAAGACUUUCUGGCACUGUUGGUGUGGCUGCGGUGACGGCGGGGCCGGGGCUGACGAACACAGUGACUGCGGUGAAGAAUGCUCAGAUGGCUGAAUCACCACUGCUUCUGAUUGGUGGUGCUGCUGCUACUCUCCUGCAGGGUAGAGGUGCGCUACAGGAUAUUGACCAAAUGUCCCUCUUCAAGCCUCUCUGUAAGUUCUGUGCAUCAGUGAGGACCGUGAGAGAAAUUGUUCCCACUGUAAGAAAAGCCUUGGCCAUCGCACAGUCUGGCACACCAGGCCCAGUGUUUAUAGAGUUUCCUAUAGACACACUGUACCCUUACCAUGUGGUGGAAAAAGAGUUUGCCCCUAAAAACACUCCCAAAGGGCUGAUGGGGAAAAUCAUUGCAUGGUAUCUCAAGAAUCAUUUAUCAAACUUGUUUGCUGGAGCUUGGGAGACGCGUGAUCUUUCCCCACUUCCUGUUCAUAUCCCUCAUGCCACAGAGGAUGAGGUCCAAAGGUGUGUGGAGUUGGUGAGCAGAGCCAAGAAACCUGUCAUACUUCUAGGCAGUCAGGCAACAUUACCCCCCACACCAGCAGAUGAUAUCAGAAAUGCCUUAGAAUCUUUAGGCAUUCCCUGCUUCCUGGGUGGAAUGUCCCGAGGGAUGCUGGGAAAGAACAGUCCACUGCACAUUAGACAGAACAGGAGAGAUGCCUUAAAAGAUGCUGACCUCGUACUGCUGGCAGGUACGGUGUGUGAUUUCAGACUUAGUUAUGGAAGAGUUCUGAACAGACGGAGCAAAAUCAUUGCAGUCAACAGAGACAAGAGUCAGCUACUGAAGAACUCAGACAUGUUCUGGAAGCCAACAGUGGCCAUUCAAGGCGAUGCUGGUUCCUUCCUUCUCCGUCUCUCAAAAGCCCUGAAGGGACACAGAUGCCCAGAGGAAUGGCCUCAGAAACUGAAAGAGGCAGAUGACAUCAAAGAGAAAGCUAACAGAGCAAAAGCAGAUGAGAAGACAGAGAGGCAUUUGAACCCUUUGAGUGUUUUGCACCAUGUGGAUGAGCUCUUGGCUGAGGACAGCAUCAUCGUGGCUGAUGGGGGAGAUUUUGUGGGCAGCGCUGCAUAUAUCAUGAGACCACGGGGCCCGCUCCGCUGGCUGGACCCAGGGGCUUUUGGGACUCUGGGUGUUGGAGGAGGGUUUGCUUUGGGAGCGAAACUUUGUCGACCUGAGUCUGAGGUAUGGAUCGUUUACGGCGACGGCUCCCUCGGAUACAGCGUGGCUGAAUUUGAUACCUUCACACGCCACAAGACCCCAGUGAUCGCUCUGGUGGGAAAUGAUGCGUGCUGGAGUCAGAUCUCCAGAGAACAAGUGCCUAUGCUGGGGAGCAACGUGGCCUGUGGUCUUGCCUUUACAGAUUAUCACAUAGUAGCUGAUGGUUACGGGGGAAAAGGUUACCUGAUUGGCCGAGAGGAUGAGUUGCGGCUUGAUGACAUCAUUAAAAAGGCACAGCAGGAGUGCAGAGAGGGAAGGGCAACUCUGCUGAACGUUCUGAUCGGAAAGACUAACUUUAGGGAAGGUUCAAUCUCGGUUUAGAGAGAGACACUGUGCACCAUCCUGCCUAGAUACCCAAAGUCUUUCUUGUGUUGUCAUGCUCAGAAUAUACCAUAAGACAGCCUAUACUGAGUUAUAUAGAUUCAGCUGAUUUGAAAAGAGAUCAAAGCAAAUACAUAUCAGAGGUUCAGAAACAUUUCUUCCUUGAUGUUGUGACUAAUACAGUUCAAAUCAAAACUUUCAAGAACAUGUCUGGGUUGUAUUUCAUCCUAAAACCAAAAUAAAUAAAUGAAUAAAUCAUAUACUGUAAUGUUUAAAGAAAAUGAAGCCGUUUAAGACCAUUUACGAUUUUUUUCUAGUAUGACAUUAUACUUAUGAUAUAAAAGGGAGAAUAUAUAUAUAUAUAUAUAUAUAUAUAUAGAGUGUUUUAAAUUUUUUUGUUUUUUAUUUCAGACUGAAAUGUGAGCUUGGAUGUGUUUUGCAAGUACUGUUUUCAUUCGAGCUGAAAAGGAGCAAGCACAGUGCCUUCACUCUGUCCAGUUAACAUUGAUUGAUGAUUGAAUAAUAUAAUUUUUUUUGAGUGCCUGUAUUUACUGAAUGUUAAACUGAUCUUGUUCAGAAAAUCAGAUAUUUGCUAGAAAUAUUUUUCAAAAAACUUUGUGUGAAUCGAAUGGCUGUAUGUUUGUUUAUUUGAAAAAGUCAAUCUUAACCAAAGUAAUAUCCUAACAGACGCUUGGAAAUGCAGUCCUGAUUUUUGCUGCUAUACCAGACCUGGACAUACUAUAAGGCCUCUCUUCGGUUUGUGAUUGAUCACUUCAGCAUCACCCACAAAAUGACCGUGUGGAUAUGGUGACAUAAUUUAUCACCAUUUUUUUGAUGUAAUAAAAUCUCUGAAGUACAGUG